UUCUUGCCAUUAGACGACGAUGCUAAUCGGAAAACAGUGUUUCCAUACUUCCUUCUAACCCUCCGGCUGGCUACGGAAUAGAAGACGGGCCUGCUCUGCCUAUCGAGGCAAUGUGGCUUGGUCUCAUCAAGGAUAUCCGGAUGCGGUACAAGGGAGGAGAGCAGGAAGCUUGGUCUCGUGUUCAAUGGUUCUUUUCAGCAGCCGACGUUAGGAAUACUACACAAAACUUUGAUACAAGCCAUCUAGGCGAGAAUGAAAGACUGUUAUCUGAUCAUUGUGAUCUAGUCCACGCAUCUACGUUGGAUGAUGUUGUUCCAAUGAGAUGUUUCAACUUUGAUCCAACUUACAUUUCAUCCGUCGAAAAGAAUACAACGCUGCAGCAGAUGUUCACCCAGAAGCAAAUUCGUGCCGCAGGUAGCCGAACGGAAAAUGGGUCCAUAUAUCCCGACAUUUACUACCGAUAUGGAAUCAAGCCCAAGGUCUCCCAGUUUAAUUGCUUCAGCCCUCAAGUGUCUUCAAGUUCUUCGCGUUCUCGCUCAUCCUCCCGGUCCAAAUCUAAUAGACGACCCGCUCCUAUUUUAAAUACUAACGUCAGUUCAAAAUCACAGCAACACCAAGACACAUGUCUCUCCCAGUCCUCAUACUCUCCUCCAGAUUCCGAACGGGCGCGAAGGAUAGGUCGGCAAGUUGCAGACCUUGUACGCGAAGCGCACAUCAUAUUAGAAGACGGAAUCACACAAAUCCUCAAGUCUGCAUCUGAAUCCAAACUUACGAACGAGUUCAAAAAAAAUUUAACCCAGUUUGGUGACAUGGCCAGAACACCUCGAAAUACUGCACGGACAACUCGAGCCAGAACCGGAACCUUCAAUGCAGAUUCUGACAUUCCGGAGUCAGCCACACGAUCGUCCGAAGAUCUGAAUGUGGCACUCAACAAGACAGCCAAUCAGCUUGCGUCUAAAAUGCAAGAAGCCGUACUUUUGGAGGAUACAUUAGCAAUGCAUAUCUGUGCGCGAGCGCAGUGUACUGCACCGCGUGGUAAGGCAUGGCAUCGGUCAUGCUUGAUUCGGGAUCAAGCCCCAAGUGAGAAAGGAGUUGAAGGAGGUGCUGAGGAUCUCGCUGACAAAGACGAAACGUUGCUACAUCUCGAAAGCUGGAUCUUACGAGAUGCGCGCCGUCGAGGGCGAACACAUUCAAUCUCCUCCCCAAGCUUUGAUCAUGUGAUGGCUCGAUGGAAAGCGAUGGGUCAUUCACGACAGCUGGAAGUAGAGAGAAUGCUUCAACUGCUAUGUACCAUCCCACCUGGCUAUGAGCAUCCCAGUAUUGGCAAUGAAGGUAUGUAUGAAUUCCCUAUUCUGUUCGCUGUGGGAAUUCCCAGCAUUGCCAAACCCUCAGCUGAGGGUAAAUCUGCGGCUAGCGGAAAGCGGAAAGCGCGUACUAGUGAGCAAGAGGAGUUGGAAGUAUCCGCGGAUUUGUUGGAAGUUAAUCUGGAUAAAGGUUCCAAGUCACCAAAAAAACAGCGACGCUCUCUUCGUGUUUCGGAUGCAGACAAGUUGAACAUUGAGCCGGAGAGCGCUCCUCGAUAUUCAAAAGAUGACGACGAAGAAGACUACAUUCCCCGAAUAAUGCAUACUCUCUCGUCACUGCUUGCCCCAGAAUUAAUAUGUCUUGCGAGUCAGCCUAUGGUUCGCGGUGGAGUACCUUCGAUAUCUUCUCUCUCUUCUCGGAAUCAUUCUCUUGCCUUUGCCGGAACUAGUCCGAUAUUCAGUUCAGAGUCUCUGUUUGGCGAAGCCCUCCGAACAACGAUCACUGGUAAUAUAUCUGAAGUCGCUCGCGCCCGGAUUGCAGUGUACAAGGCCUUGGAUGAGAUGAGUCUACAACCAAAAGAGCCCGGCUCCAGUUCUGCAAUUGAUGUUGAUAUCACAAAGAAGGAGCCAUUGAUUGUGCCGCAGGAGUGGUCAGAGUACGUUUCUGAGUUGGAAGGCAGAGAGUGGUUGUUCGAAUUGUUUGACAGUGCGAGUACAUCGAAACAAAGAGAGAAGCGAUUUGUGUCCUCAAAGGACAAAAUUCGAGAGACGGUGCUUACUCGCACGCAUAAUUUCCUACGCCAUUGGCAAGCUCAUAGACGAACCAUGAUGCUCUGUCCUACUUGUAAAUUCGAUAUUUGAAACGUCUUUCAUACUCACACCUACUUUUACUUUUGUGAAUCUUGUCGUUUACAUACAUA